AUGCUUGCAACCGUCGCCGGACCUCUGAUAUCCGUCACCGGCGCAACCACUCCUCCCGUCUCAACUUCAGUUACCACCCCUGCUCCCACCCAUAUAGUGCCUCUCUUACACCAAAGUCACCAAUGCACCGACCUCUCUCAUCUCAAACAAAUCCAUGCUCAAUUUUUCCGCACCGGCCCCGAUGAAUACGGCUCAUUUGUCUGGAACACUCUCAUCAGAGCAUAUUCUUACAGCCCAGACCACAAGCAAAAAUCAUUAUUCGUCUUUUACCAAAUGUUGGAUCAAGUAAACGUUGUACCUGACAACUACACUUUUCCCUUCGUCCUUAAAGCUUGUGCUUAUUUGUUUGCUUUAUUGGAGGGAAAACAAGUUCAUGCACAAGCUGUUAAACGUGGGUUCGGUUCAGAUAUGUACAUAAACAAUAGUUUGAUCCAUUUCUAUUCGUCCUGCGGAUGCUUGAAGUAUGCGAGGAAAGUGUUUGAGAAAAUGCCUGAGCGAAGUGUUGUGUCGUGGAAUGCUAUGAUAAAUGCUUUAGCUGAGUUCGGUGAAUAUGAAGAUGCGUUGAGAAUGUUCACUGAGAUGCAAAUGUUGUUUGAGCCUGAUGGAUAUACCGUGCAGAGUCUCAUAGCUGCUUGUGCUGGUUUAGGGGCUCUGUCUUUAGGGAUAUGGGCUCAUCUUUACGUACUAAAGAAGUGUAAAUAUGAUCCCAAUAUUGAGGUUUUGGUAAAUAAUUCUUUGGUUGAAAUGUAUUUUAAAUGCGGAGCAUUGAAUUUUGCCGUGCAAGUUUUUGAGGGGAUGGAGAUUCGCGAUGUCAAUUCAUGGAAUUCAAUUAUCUUAGGUUUUGCAAUGCAUGGGAAGGUUGAGGCGGCUUUGGAGUAUUUUGGAAGAAUGGUUGAUGAUGGUCUAGUUCCAAAUUCGAUCACAUUUCUUGGUAUUUUGAGCGCAUGUAGUCAUAGAGGUUUUGUUGAUGAAGGUAGAGAAUAUUUCAAGAAGAUGAAGAAUGAGUAUAACAUCGAGCCUGUUUUGGAACAUUAUGGUUGUCUUGUUGAUCUUCUUGCUCGAGCAGGCCUUAUUGAUGAAGCUCUUAAUAUUGUAACCAGUAUGCCGAUGAAACCAGAUUUGAUCAUUUGGAGGUGUCUACUUGAUGCUUGUUGCAAGCAAAAUGCAGGUUUGGAACUUACUGAGGAAAUAUGCAGACAGAUGAUUGAGGCGAAAGGCAGCGAUAGUAGCGGCGAGUAUGUGCUUUUAUCCAGAGUAUAUGCAUCUGCCGAUCGUUGGAACGAGGUUGGUAUGAUUAGGAAAUUGAUGACUGAAAAGGGUGUAAACAAAGAGCCUGGUUGUAGUCUAGUUGAAGUCGGCGGCUUUGCUCAUGAAUUUUUCGCUGGAGAUACAUCUCAUCCUCAAACAAAAGAAAUUUACCAGCAUCUAAAACUUAUUGAAGAAAAAUUGAAGUCAAUUGGGUAUGUUACUGACACUUCACCGGCAGCCAUGAUAGACGAAUCCUCUGAUGGGAAGGGGCUAGCCCUUAGGUUGCAUAGCGAGAGGCUUGCUGUUGCAUUUGCACUUUUGAAUUCGAAACCAGGGUUGCCAAUUCGUAUUUUCAAGAACUUGCGAAUUUGCAGAGAUUGUCACACGGUGAUGAAGUUAAUAUCCAAGAUUUUCAAAGUUGAAGUCAUUGUUAGAGAUCGAUUAAGGUUCCAUCAUUUUCAAGAUGGCUUAUGUUCUUGCAUGGACUACUGGUAA